CCAUGCAACAGUGGUUUCCAUUGCAACAAUAAUCAUUGCGUUUCUACUGAAAGCGUGUGUAAUUUUAAUGAUGAUUGUGGGUGAUGGCAGUGAUGAAUCUCACUGUGGUGAAUGCGACUUUGAAACUAACACAUGUGGCUGGGAGGAUGUAAGUCAUGGUCAGUACCGGUGGUCUAGGGCAAAAGAAACAGUGGGACAUAUGAGUUAUGUUAUGAAUGUAACUGAACAGCUCGGAGGAACAUCAGACAUUGCUGACCUAGAAAGUGUCAUAUUAGGACCGACAUCAGCCUCAUGUACCAUGUCCUUCCUUUACUACAAAAGUGGAGAAAAUUCUGCUCUUGCUAUUGUUAUGCUACAGGUCUCUAUGGAACUAACACUUUGGGUUACAACAGGUAACAUGGGUGAAGAGUGGCACACACAGACUGUUGGUAUUCCUGAACAUCACACUGGUUGGAAACUGAGGUUCAGGUCUACGAAAUUUUCAAACGAAGAUAUAGUCAUGAUUGAUGAUAUACAGUUUCACAACUGUAAGCAGCCAACACCCAUCAUCUGCCAUGAUGAUCACUUUUCAUGCAGUAAUGGCAAUUGUGUCAAUCAGACUCUUGUAUGUGACUUCAAUGAUGACUGUGGGGAUGGGUCAGAUGAGUUAGCUUGUGAGAAAUAUCCUGGCAGAUGCAACUUUGAAGUAGAUUAUUGUAACUGGCAGCAAGAGCAUACUGACCUCGCAUGGAUGAGAAAGACAGGUGAUAUGUUAGCAGAAGGCACUGGUCCUGGUUAUGACCAUACCUAUGGAAAUGAUACUGGAUACUAUCUAUAUCUACAAAGUGUUGAAGGAUCAAAAGGCAAAAAAGGACAGAUUUCUAGUGAAUCCUUUGCACCUGCUAAAGGGGAAUGUCAUUUCAGAUUUUGGUACAUGAUGAGGGCAAACCAAAAUGCCACACUGAGAAUUUUCGGUGAAGAAACGCCAAGAAGCAUAACCAAGGCAAAAUAUGAUCUGUUUGAGACGUCAGGUUCUGAUGACUAUCUCUGGAUCCUGAAAGACCUGGAUAUCAAUAUUCCAAGAUACUUCAAAAUUGUUCUUGAGGGAAUUGCUGGCAAUCCCAUAGAAGGAGAUAUUGCUGUCGAUGAUGUUUCUUUCUCAGAUAAUUGUCACAGCCUCUACUGUAAGCCAGAAGAGUUCCCUUGCAAGUCUUACGGCUGCAUCCCAGCCACAAGUGUAUGUGAUUUCCGAUUAGACUGUGACGACUCCAGCGACGAGGACGAGUGUCCAAACCACUGUAGUUUUGAGAAUGGUGACUGUGGGUGGAAGGAAGUUGAGAAUGAUGGCCUAGACUGGGUAGUGGCUCACAGCAAUGAUAUAGCAUGGGGAACUGACCAUACAGGGCCCUUCAGUGACUCGACUGGAAACUUAGAUGGACAUUUCCUUAUGGUGCACAAGGAAACUGAGUUGAAUAAAGAACAGGAAGCAAAGACUUUCCUUCACUGGUUUCAGAAUUCGGCCGCAACCUGCGUAUUCGAGUUCUGGUUCUAUACAAUGCCACCUCAUAGCUCGGAUAUCACUCUGUGGCUCAACACUUCUGCAGAAGAAUUUACUGUCAUGGCUUAUUUUAGCGAUAAAUUUGUCACAGCUGAGCCGGGGAUAUGGCAUAUUGGAAGAGUCGGUAUUGGGCGCCAUAAAGAAACUUUCCAGUUGUCCCUCCUCAAGAGAAAUGCUCCAGAAUAUUCAGGAGCGUUUGCCAUAGACGAGACACAUUUCUCGGAAUGUGACUUCCCACUGCCCACGGACGGUGACUGCCACCAAGCGCUGUAUCACUGCCCUGUUACUAAGGUAUGUGUGGAUGUGGAUUCCUUGUGUGACCUUACCGACGACUGCGGUGCUGGAGAAGACGAGACGGAGGAAGUAUGUGGGGACUACCACCGAAUUACCUUGGAAGACGACUCACUUGGCUGGUUUUCUCAGAGUCAGGAGGACGACACGGACUGGUUAAUGGGUAGCGGGACGACCACGCCUAUAAUCCUGGGUCCCAAUUACGACCAUACACUCUGGAGUAAGAAAGGCCACUACCUGUAUCUGCCGGUGGACGAACAGGCUGGUCAAGAGGCUUUGCUGGUGAGUGAGCCCAUAGCGGCGAACCAAGAUUGCAAAUUCGUCUUCUUCUACCACAUGCACGGGAGCAACAUGGGCAACAUAUCCGUCCUUAUCAGGAAGGCCACGAGUCCCGACCCUGACCCUAUCUGGACGAUCAGUGGGUCGCAAGGGAACACGUGGAACAAAGUCACUUUCGGUGCGGAUGACCUCCCUCAAGACGAGACAUUCCAAGUGCUUGUUCGGGGCGCCACCAACCCGUCCCAGCUGGGUCACGUCGCCCUUGAUGAUUUCAUCUUUGCCUCUUCCUCAACCCUCAGGUCGCUGGGGGGCACAACGGUGGCUCCAGGGUCGACGGCGGCGCCCGGGGAGUGCACGACGGACCAGGUGGAGUGCAGCGACGGGUCUUGCCUGCCUGCCACGAGUCGCUGCAACUUUGUCGUGGAAUGCCCGGGGGGAGAGGGAGAGGAUGAGGAGGGCUGCGUGAGUGAAACAUGUACUUUCGAGGACGAGGACUUGUGCGGCUGGCAGAUUAUACCUAACCUGGGUCCGGCCUAUCCUGCACCAGGGGAAAAAGUGUGGUUCACCUGGCAAGUUAGCCGAGGAGUGGAUUCGCCGCUUCAGCUGAUUCAACGAGAGGAAGAGAACCACAAACCAGGUUUCGACCACACACACGGAGACGGCGCCAGUUACUACCUGUACGCCUGGACACUUGACUCGAGCUUCUGGGCGGUCAGCAGCCUCUUCACCAUUCAGGCUCUCGGAGAGACCUCGACAGCGUGCCAGCUCAAGAUGUGGUACUGGAUGUCGGGGAAGGAACCGGGGUCUCUCCACGUCCUCCUCGAGCCCGCCGAAGGAGGAGAGUCAGCUCAACUCUCGAUGUUCGAGGGGGAUCAUGGCGACAUGUGGAAUCUAGUGCGUUGA